AUGGCAGCUCCAGAGCCUCCAAGCCAGGUCAGGUAUGAAAAUCUGCCAGAUCCGGAGACAGAUGCCAGCCUACCAGUCGUCACCAUCACCGAUUUUGCAUCGGGGGAGGCUGGCAAGGAGGUCAUACUUCUGGUGGCCGGGGAGCACGCAAGGGAGCUCAUCACCUCGGAAAUCGUCUUCUGGCUGGGCAAGCUCCUGUCUGGCAAGGAUGACGAGCUGGCCGAUUGGACAGCAAUCCAGACUGCCACAGCUCAGGCAUGGAAACGCGGGUGGGCUAAGGGAACCUUGAAGGAAUGGGCGGAGGAGCUACUGGGGAAGGUCAUCUUCAAGAUCAUCCCCAUAGAAAACAUACAAGGACGGAAAGCUGUGGAGGGUGGAGACUUGUGCUUGCGCAAGACGACGGCGGGUGUGGACUUGAAUAGAAACUGGGAGUACGCCUGGAUCAAGGGAGAGGAGGGCAGUGAUGAGUAUGGGGGGCCCAAACCCUUCAGUGAGCCUGAGGCACGCAUCGUGAAGCUCAUCGCAGAAUCGACAAGGCCACAGGCCUUUGUGAAUCUGCACUCUGGGGAGUAUGCGGUCUAUGUGCCAUGGGACAGCAAGAAGGGCUUGGCUCCUGACUUACCCACCGACAUCAAUGAUGUACUGGAGAACCUGGAUGCAUAUUGUCAAUGCAUGCACGGCGCAGCUGGCGAUGUGGCAGGGUACCUGGCUUUUGGUAGCAGCAUGGACUACAUGUAUGAGAAGCUGCAUGUGAAGUACCCCCUCACGGUUGAGGUCUAUGGUCCAGAUGGGCUGGGGAAGACUGCAAUGGGAGGCCACCCCAGGCGAAAGCUCCAGGCAGCUGGUAAUAGCACAGCUGCCAAGCUGUUGGGUGCAGCUGCUGAUGGAAAGGACAGCAACGCAGGCGAUGCUGGCAGCAGAGCAAUGCUCCCAGGAAAACUGGCAGGCGGUCACAGGAAUGAGAGCGCUCUGGUAGAGCGGAGGCGAGCGCAGGAGUCGGGCAGUGCUGGAGUCACUUUGGCAACCAACCAGCAGCAGCAAGCGUUCCGCGUGCAUGCAGGGAUGCAGGGGCAGCAGGGGACGAGCAGCGAGGCGGCGGCGGCUGCGGGGGCUGACGGCGCGGACGCGGCGUCGCUGGGGCGGUGCCUGAGGGACUACAAUCCGAUGGAGACGGAGGAGUAUGAGAAGGUGGUGGCCACCUGGCUGGCCUCCCUGCUGGUGCUGGCCGACCACCUGGCGCAACACCCGGCCGCCACCUCAGCCGCGGCCGACGCCGAGCAGGGGCAGCUCCCCCUGCCGCCCACGCCCCCCUCCAAGCAGGAGCUCGCAGCGUGA